AUGUGGUCCCUAGGGGUCUAUACCCGCAAAAAGCAGGCCGGGGGUAGGCUCAACCUAACCCCAAAGCCAGGUCUAGGUGCCCCGGCCAAGGCGGAGGCCCCGUCACGGCCCGGCCUGAAAAGAAAUGGCAAAACGCGUGGUUUGCGGAGAAUCGCGGAAAAAUCUGAGCGGAGUGGUCAGGGAGGUGGCAGCUCUGGGCCACCGAGCACUGAGUUAAGAGUUACAGGAGAGAAAAGCCUGCAUGAAAAUAGCACUAGUGAAGAGACCCAGGAUGAGAAGAUUGCUCUAUGGAGUGAGUCAGUGACAGAUGACCUCCAGACUGAUAGUAGUUCAUCAAGUAGUAAACAAGUAACAGGACUAAGUUUGCAGCAUGAUAUUUCUGGCUCUCUUCUAAGUUAUUCAUUUACAGACCCUUCUACAGAAUACAAGAGUUCCGAAGAGAAUUUAAGUAGCUUCCCAUCACCUGAGCUCUUCAGAGGAUCAGAUUAUUUAGAAUGGGAGUGUCCCAUGCUGGAAGAAAACAUGCCAUGUAGGAAUUCUACUCUUUUGGACAUAAGUAAAGCGGUAGCAAUAGAGAAGGUACCUGAGUUUUCAAAUCUCUCUGCAAUUUUAGAUACCUCUUCAGAAGACUAUCAGAAGUGCCACAGAAAAGCCAUGACGAUGUUAGCAGACCAAAGUAUUUCUCCAAAACCAAAGGCAGAAGCAGAUAAUGCAUCUUGUGGAGUUUUACUUGCUGAGAAAAAUUACCCUUCGACCCCUGGGGAAAAGAAAGAAAAAAACAUUCAUUCCAGUACUUCUGAUAAGAAAAGCAAAGGCCUGUUAACAAGUACUCCGUCUUUGCAAACACCUGGUUUAGUGAUUGAUUUGUCCUCAGUGCAAAAAACAUCUUUUGAAGAACUAUUUCCAAAUGUCAGCAAUUAUGUUAAUUCAAAUGAAAUUGUUCCUGUGUCAACUUUGCAAGACAGUUCUUCAAAUGAGGUUCCUUCAAAUGCAUCAGAAAUAUGUUAUAUUAUUAAAGCAUCACCAGGAACUAGACAAGUGGAAAGUAAAGGAAUUAUUGUAAAGAAGAAAUAUUCUCUUCCUAAAGAUAUACCUCAAGAUAUUAUAAUAAAAACAAGUGGAAGGAUGUAGCAGGUGUGGCUGAAUUUUCACUACUUUGAAGACUUGGAUGUGAAGUCAAAGUCCUGAAGCAGAAUAUCUGCUUGAAAUUACAUAAAAUUAAAAAAUCAAAAUU